AUGCGGGCGCAGAAGGCUGCGGCUCCCCGGGGGGACGGGCACGCACAGAGGCGGCGGCGGCGGCGGGUGGCUGCCCCCCCUCAAAGAAACGAAAGAAGCAAAAUAGGAGAAAAGCAAGCGCGGCCCAAGAGAGGACUGAAGCAGGUUCAUCCCUUCUUACCACAGUGGCUUGCUCAGCCUAAACUAGUGCAAAAACGUAUCAAAGAAAAUCUAGUUCCAAUCCGAGAUGUCCCAGGAAUUCAUCCUAAACUGUUGAAGAAGCUGCAAAUGAAUGGAAUAGAGUCCUUUUUUCCAGUUCAGGCAGAGGUGAUCCCUGCUAUUCUCCAGAGUGCAUCCAAUGGGUAUUUGAUGGGGCAGGGAGGAUACCGCCCCAAAGACAUUUGUGUCUCAGCACCUACUGGCAGUGGUAAAACCCUGUCUUUUGUCAUACCUGUAGUCCAGGCUCUGCUAGAUCGAGUGGUUUGCCAAGUACGAGCUCUGGCGGUUCUGCCCACAAAAGAACUGGCACAACAGGUGAGUAAAGUAUUCAACAUUUACACUGAUGGUACAGGUCUGAAGGUCGUUUCUCUUGCUGGCCAGAAAUCUUUUGCAAAGGAGCAGGAGAUGCUUGUCCAGAAAAAAGUGACAGGCUACUGCAGCCUGGCUGAUAUUAUUGUGGCUACACCUGGGCGGCUCGCAGAUCACAUCAGCCAGACCCCAGGGUUCAGCCUGACACAGCUUCGCUUCCUGAUCAUAGACGAAGCUGACCGUAUGAUUGAUGACAUGCACCAGAACUGGCUGAACCAAGUUGUCAAAGCUGCAUUCCAAGCAGAUGACAACUCUGGCUCCAACAGACUUUUUCAUAGGACCCUACCAGGGCCUCUCACAGCAGCCAGCUCCAGUCAUCCUCAGAUACCCUUACAGAAGCUGCUGUUUUCAGCCACACUAACCCAGGACCCAGAGAAGCUGCAGCAGCUGGGCUUAUUCCAGCCACGCCUCUUCACAUCUGUCUAUUCUGAGAAAAAACUUGGAGAUGGAGCAGAGGCUGAACAGGAUGCUGAUGAGAAAUACACCCUGCCUGAGGGGCUGUCGCAAUGUUAUGUGCCUUGUGACCUGAAUUCCAAGCCUUUGAUCCUCUUGCACUUCAUGCUGAAAAUGAAAUUUAGCCGGGUGUUAUGUUUUACCAACUCCAAGGAGGCUUCCCACAGGUUGUUCCUGCUUAUUCGAGCCUUUGGUGGAGUCACUGUGGCUGAAUUUUCUUCCCGUUUGCCUCCAAAUGAGAGACAUAGAACCAUGAAGGAAUUUGAACAAGGAAAAAUACAAUUGUUAAUCAGCACAGAUGCCACUGCUCGAGGAAUCGACAUUAAGGGAGUGAAUUGUGUAAUAAACUAUGAUACUCCUCAGUUCAUCAGGACAUAUAUUCACCGGGUUGGAAGAACGGCUCGUGCAGGAAAAACAGGCUUAGCUUUCAGCAUGGUCCUUAGAAUUCAGGAGCGCAGGUUUCUGCGGAUGCUGAAGGAUGCCGGCAUCACAGACAUAAAGCAGCACUUGGUGAAGGGCAAGCUGUUAAAGCCGUUGGUGCAGCAAUAUGAAGAAGCUCUGUCUAAGCUUGAGAAAACGGUCAAGGGUGAACGAGCACAGAGACGAGCCUGA